AUGGAUAACGGAGGAGAGAUCACCGAAACGGAGCACAGAGGAGAGAUCACCAGUACGGAGGAGAGAUCACCAAUACGGAGGAGAGAUCACCAGUACGGAGGAGAGGUCACCAAUACGGAGGAGAGAUCACCAGUAAGGAGGAGAGAUCACCAGUACGGAGGAGAGAUCGCCAAUACGGAGGAGAGAUCACCAGUACGGAGGAGAAAUCACCAAUACGGAGGAGAGAUCACCAGUAAGGAGGAGAGAUCACCAGUACGGAGGAGAGAUCGCCAAUACGGAGGAGAGAUCACCAGUACGGAGCAGAGAUCACCAAUAAGGAGGAGAGAUCACCAGUACGGAGGGGAGAUCACCAAUACGGAGGAGAGAUCACCAAUACGGAGGAGAGUUCACCAGUACGGAGGAAAGAUCACCAGUACGGAGGAGAGAUCACCAGUAUGGAGGAGAGAUCCCCAGUACGGAGGAGAGAUCACCAAUACGGAGAAGAGAUCACCAGUACGGAGGAGAGAUCACCAGUGCGGAGGAGAGAUCACCAGUACGGAGCAGAGAUCACCAGUACGGAUGAGAGAUCACCAGUACGGAGCACAGAGGAGAGAUCACCAAUACGGAGGAGAGAUCUCCAGUACGGAGGAGAGAUCCCCAGUACGGAGGAAAGAUCACCAGUACGGCGGAGAGAUCACCAGUACGGAUGAGAGAUCAGCAGUACGGAGCACAGAGGAGAGAUCACCAAUACGGAGGAGAGAUCACAAGUACGGAGGAGAGAUCACCAAUACGGAGAAGAGAUCACCAGUACGGAGGAGAGAUCACCAGUACGGAGUAGAGAUCACCAGUACGGAGGAGAGAUCACCAAUAAGGAGGAGAGAUCACCAGGACGGAGGAGAGAUCACCAGUACGGAGGAGAGGUCACCAGUACGGAGCAGAGAUCACCAGUACGGAGGAGAGAUCACCAGUGCGGAGGAAAGAUCACCAGUACGGAGGAGAGAUCACCAGUGCGGAGGAGAGAUCACCAGUACGGAGCAGAGAUCACCAGUACGGAGGAGAGAUCACCACCAGGGAACCAUCAACUGUAGCCAGGGACCAAUCAACUGUAGCCAGGGACCAAUCAACUGUAGCCAGGGACCCAUCAACUGUAGCCAGGGACCCACCAACUGUAGCCAGGGACCAAUCAACUGUAGCCAGGGACCAAUCAACUGUAGCCAGGGACCCAUCAACUGUAGCCUGGGACCCAUCAACUGUAGGCAGGGACCCAUCAACUGUAGCUAA